AGAGAGUGCGAGAGUCUCGACGAGUCGCAUUGCUGCGGAGCGACAUAUCCACUUAUCCACAACCUCCUCCUCCUCCCCCUCCCCCCCCCUAAAUCUAUUUUAUCUCGCGUCGCGGACGGCCGCCGUCGACGAAUUCUACCAGCUCGGAGCUUGGGCGGGAGCAUCGCGCACCGAGUCUGCCACGAUGAGUUACGGAUCACCCUAUGGAACCCCUCAUCACCGAGGUGGUGAUGCGGGUUAUUAUUACGACGUACAGAGCCCCUCACCAACACCUUCGCCACGUCACUACCCAUUUUACCCAGCUCAGACCCCCCAGCGGCCCGCUACCCGCGCUCACGUUCACCACCCCAGCGCCGGCUACCACGAUUUCCGACCCUCGACCGCAUUCUCGCCCCGAUACAAGAGCACCGGCGAGUAUGCCACCGGCCUAAGCCCUAAUGUGAGUUCGCGAAGUCAAUAUUUCUCCACGGGGCCUCGGCACGAGCGUCAGAGAUCCUUCUCCUUCCUGCGGGCCCCUCGUGGGGACUCGGACGAGGUCGAGUUUUUCGAGGUCGACGGUCACAGAUGCGUACUCGUCGCAGGGUCCAAGAGUCGUCAGCGCAGAGAUUUACGUUUCUAUGCUGCUCCUGGACAAGGCACUGAUAACUACUACCAAUCGCAGGGUGCGUCGUCGAUGUUUCACGAGAAAGAGAGAGCCGACUACUCGCGCUAUGACGAGCCUCCGAUGCGCUCGGCCACGAGGGCGGGCUACCACGCCCGCCGCUCCUCGGCCACGGCGGUGCCCAUCCAGCGCCCCUCCACCGCCCGCCCUUCUAGCUCCCACCGGAAGCGGCCUGUCGCCGUGGACACCAAGAAGGCGACGGAGGCGGAUGCGAAGAAGCAUAGCAUCCCGGCCGGGUACUCGCUAAAGAACUGGGACCCGGCCGAGGAGCCCAUCAUGCUACUCGGGAGCGUCUUCGACUCCAACUCUCUGGGCAAGUGGAUCUACGACUGGACCGUCCAUCACCACGGAGCCUCGACCCCUAUUGCGGACGUGGCCGGCGAGUUAUGGGUCCUGCUCAUCCAGCUCUCGGGCAAGAUAAAGCGAGCCGAGGAGGUCGUGCCCGAAGUGAGGACCCAGGCUAACAAGGAGAUGAUCGAGGACUUCAUCGAGUCGGGCGAGCGCCUGACGGACAAGCUGCGCGCCCUGCUCAAGAAGUGCGAGGCGCCGAUGUUGAGAUCCGCCAAGACCAAGGAUGCGUCCCACCUGGGCCAGAAUGCCGGCGUGGAGUUUGUCAAGACCGUCUUUGGCCGCGAGCGCGAGUUGGAGCGCACGGAGGCGUUCAUGCAACAGGUUCGCCUAUGGAACCUGCGGUUCGACGCGAACUGCGAAGACAUCCUGAAGAGGCCGAAGCAAUAGGUGUUUUGAAAUUUGCCGCCCUGGUUUUCAUCCCCCCCCAGGAUCUUACCUCCCCGUGCCCGUCGGAUGGGGCUACCGACGGCGUUCCCGCGGACGGACCAUACCACAUUAUACCCUACUACUACUACUUUUACGGAAACGGAUCGGGU